AUGCAGAUGACGAAGACAGGAAAGCCAGAGAGUUACUGGAGGGACAUCUGUGCCAAAUAUGCCCAGGGCCUCUACCACUUUUCCACUGGCAAACGGCCAGGGGCCAAAAAAUGGAAGAAAGCCUUGGAGAGGAUCGAUGCUUGCCCCCUGCAGAGCAACACGAAGGACCUGUUUGGCAGAAGCCUUCAGUGCACCUGCGGGUUCCACAAGCCCGCACAUCUGUCAUCAGGCACUGGGUCCAGUGCUGCUGCGUCCAGUGGUGCUGCUGCGUCCAGUGGUGCUGCUGCGUCCAGUGGUGCUGCUUCGUCCAGUGGUGCUGCUGCGUCCAGUGCUGCUGGGUCCAGUCGGGCUGGGACCAGUGCUGCUGCUGCGUCCAGUGCUGCUGGGUCCAGUCGGGCUGCUGCGUCCAGUGGGGCUGCUGCGUCCAGUGGGGCUGCUGCGUCCAUCCGAGUCAGCACAGAGGAAGAGGGAGUCCGAGGAGACGCAGAGGCAGGAGCAUCAGCUGCAGCACCUGGAGUGCAGUGCUUCCAGUGCAAGCAGCUUGUGGAUGGAGAGCACUUUUCACAGCAUCUGCUUGACCAUCACACGGAGGAGACCUGUGACAGCUGCGGGGCCAAGGUGCAGGGUGCUGUUGGUCUUCUGACUCACAUCCAACAGGCUCAUUAUGCAGCACUCAUGAAGCCAUCCCCACAAAAACCAACUGUGUUGCCACCGACACCAGCACCAACACCAUCUCCGCUCCCCUCAUGCAGUUCUGCCAUGCCACCCCACACUCCGUUCAAAGCACCAUCCAUUAACUGGAAAGGCUUUCUUCCUGAGCCAUUUAGGAGAGUGAUCCAGGAAGCAGAUCAGGUCUGGAUAGCUAAGUGCCUUUAUGGACCUACAGGACAAUUAAAACAGAAGCUCCAAACCUCCUGGUAUUACCCUCCUCUAGAGCCCAAACCAUCUCCUCCUGAGCCUGGCUGGUACUGUAGACAAAGGCUGUUCAUCUGGGCACCAAUGAGGAUGUGGGGGAUUCCUCUAAAAUGCCCUCAAUGUUCCCGAAAGAUGAACAGCUCGGGCAUCUACAGGAAGGUGAGAGAGGUGAUUGACGUGGAUAGUCGCUACUACCUGGUGGGAGGAGACUAUCCACGUUGCAACAAGUGCGCUCUGCCGGUCUGCCCAUGGAGCCAGGACAUCCUCUCGCAGCUGGAUGUAGCCCACAGGAGCAUGUUUCCCGCUGUCCUCACUACACACCUGGCUCUGGACAGGAAAUGUAUGACCUUCCUGAAGCCGAGGACCAGCGGAAACAGCUCCUCCUACUUCCAAGCGGCAAUAGAGGAAGUGCACAGCGAGGAGUGGGCACGUCAGGCCAUCCGGUACCUCUCGGACUGUGAGAGCCAUCAGAAGAUGGCUACCUUUGUCCCCUCUGCAGCUGCCUAUCCUCCUCCACUGCCCUUUAGGCCCCUUCCACUUGCUCAGUGGUUUGAGACUGUCCACUCCAACGACAUCCUCAGCCAUCUGGAGGAAAUGAAGGGAGUCAUCACUUCUACCCAUGGUAGAAUUCUUAAGAUGGAUUCGACCAAGAAGGUCACCAAGAAGCUGGCUGGUGGAAUCGGGGGAAGCGCUGCAUGGAUGACAAACAUCGAUAAUGAGUUUGGGCAGGUUCUGAACUCUGUUCUGACGACGGGUGAAGGUGCAGGGUUGGAAGAGCUGUGCCAGGGCAUUGUCACCCAUUAUAAGAACGUGGGCAAAGAUGAACCUGAGGUCAUCUAUGUGGACCGGGACUGCUGCAGCCAGUCAGGUGACUGA